AUGGGGACAAAGGCGAAGAAAGCUAUGAAGAAGAAUUUGAAAAGUAUUAACGCUAAAAUUAAGCCAUUUGAGAGUGCUGAUUUUUUGCCAUUGACGGGUGGUCCGGGUCGUAAACUUCCUGAACUUAAACCUCUGGAGAAUACUUCACCUGUUUUGUACAUUGGUAGAAUUCCACAUGGCUUCUAUGAGAAGGAGAUGGAAGCUUAUUUUGAACAAUUUAGAACUAUCAAGAGAUUGAGAAUAGCCAGAAAUGAGAAGACCGGAAAAUCCAAACAUUUUGGGUUCAUAGAAUUUGAAUCUCCCGAGGUAGCAAAAAUUGCCGCUGAUACUAUGCACAAUUAUUUGCUUUUCGAACACCUUCUUCAGGUUUAUGUGGUACCUGCAGAAAAUGUUCAUCCAAGAUUAUGGAAAGGGUUCAAUUACCGAUACAAGCCCUUGGACUCCCUCCAAAUUGAACGAGAGAGACACGACAAGGAAAGGACACUAGAAGAACAUAAAAAGUUGGUUGAUAGGGUUAUGAAACGUGACAAAAAACAUCGUAAAAGGAUAGAGGCCGCUGGCAUUGAUUAUGAAUGUCCCGAGAUUGUGGGUAACCUCCAUCCUACUCCAAAGAAGAUUAAGUUCGAAGACUGA